AUGUCGCCCAAUUCGUAUCUGCUUUUAAUCCCGAACAUUCCUGAAGCACUGUUUACACAGCAAGCUCAGCAUCUGUUUCCCGCGACCGGGGACCUAAGCUUCGGCUCGGAGGGGCCGGGUGCGGCGGCCUCGGGCGCAGGAGGGCCUGACUCAGACCACAGGCUGUACGCGGGCGGGGCCCGGCACCUUCUAGAAGCAGGAGGUUACACACCAGGGGUCUCUGCCCAGUGUCCAGGAGAAGCCUUCUGUGGCCUCGAGCACCCGAGCGCCGCCCGCCACCCUGGCUGCUUGGCCGUGUUGGGAGGCGGGGGGCGGGGCACCGACGGGCAGCUCCCGGAACAUCUUCCGGAAGUGCUCCAGGAGCAGGUCCUCGUAGCCUCCGGGUCUGGACUCGCCCGGGCGGCGGCUCCUGAGCCUGCCGACGCUGACCUGGUCGCCCUGCUGUGGCCCGACUGGCUGCCCUGCGGGUGCCCUUCCUGGAUGUUCUCGGGGACCAGAUUUGGUUUGGUUUGGCGGUUUUCUAGUCCUGUGACUGCAAUUGCAAUGGGACCUCACGGACCUCUGCCAUCUGUGUCAACUUUCAGCUCCACUUGCUGUGAUGGUUAG